GAAGUAAACUUACAGCCUAGCACACUCUAAAAGACUCUCUCUUUCUCUCUCUCUCUCUCAGCUUUAUUUGUGUUUCUUUGCUUCAAUGGCAAUUCCAGUGAUUGAUUUCUCUAAGGUGAAUGGUUCUGGUAAGGAGAGAGCCGAGACAAUGGCUCAGAUCGCUAAUGGGUGCGAGGAAUGGGGGUUCUUCCAGCUGGUGAACCAUGGAAUUCCAGAGGAGCUCCUGGAGAGGGUGAAGAAGGUGAGCUCAGAGUGCUAUAAGCUGGAAAGGAAUGAAAAUUUCAAGAGCUCGAAACUGAUGAACUCGUUGAAGGAUUUGGCAGAGAAGAAAAAUGGUGAGAAAUUGGAGAAUGUGGACUGGGAAGAUGUCUUCAUUCUCCUGGAUGAUAACCAGUGGCCAUCAGAAACUCCUGGAUUCAAAGAAACCAUGGCUGAAUACCGAGCUGAACUGAAGAAAUUAGCUGAGAGGGUCAUGGAAGUAAUGGAUGAGAACUUGGGCUUACACAAAGGAUACAUCAAGAAGGCAUUCAAUGGUGGAGAAGGAGACAAUGCCUUUUUUGGUACAAAGGUAAGCCACUAUCCACCAUGUCCUCAUCCUGAGCUAGUAAACGGCCUUCGAGCUCACACAGAUGCUGGAGGUGUCAUCUUACUCUUCCAAGAUGAUGAAGUGGGAGGUCUUCAAAUCCUCAAGGAUGGGCAAUGGAUUGAUGUCCAGCCUCUGAAAAACGCCAUCGUCAUAAACACUGGUGAUCAGAUUGAGGUCCUAAGCAAUGGCAGGUACAAGAGUACCUGGCACCGGGUUCUGGCCACCCCUAACGGGAACAGAAGGUCAAUUGCUUCAUUCUAUAACCCAUCUCUCAAAGCCACCAUAGCUCCUGCACCAGAACUGGUGGAGAAAGCUAACCAGGAGAUGAAUCGUCAAGAAUACCCCAAGUUUGUGUUUGGUGAUUACAUGUCAGUUUAUGCAGAGCAGAAGUUCCUCCCCAAGGAACCUAGAUUCCAAGCUGUGAGGGCUGUGUGAACAAUUUCAAUUUUAGAAGAUUACACCUAUUUAGUUCAUUUUCUCAAUUUUCCAUUAAUUUAUAGUUUAUGGGUGAUAGUAACAGGUUUGCCUCAAGGCACGUGAAAGCUUCUUUCUCUCUAAACUAUGCAGGCGAAGGAGAGGAAAGAAAGCUGGGUAUCAGUGUGUUUGCUUUAGAUUGCUUUUUUCUUUUCUUUGUUAUGUAAUGACUGGGUCAUUGAUGCUUGCUAAGGUUUUUGCUUUGUGCAAUAGUAUCAUAUUAUUGAACUCUACUUCUAUGAAACGAUUAGUUCUUCCUCUUUA